AUGCGGAGGUCACUCGUGGGUGUCGUCGCCGGCUUGGCCACGGCCACGGCGUCAUCAGCAUCGCCUACUCGGGAGGGCAGCACCAUUGGGGCUCGAGCCGGUGGCUUCUGGUACGCAGACAUGGACCACACUGGCGCGCCGAGAGGAUACGCUCCCCAUGCGGACAAGGCGGGAGAGUAUGCUGUUUUCAAGGCUGUCAAGCCCGGCCACGGAGCUGACAUCCAGGAUGCCAUCGAUUCAGCUGUGAAUGGUCCCCGGGAGAAGAAAUGGCUGGCUUCUCAGCCACGAGUUGUCUAUAUCCCCUCUGGAACAUAUACCCUCAGCAAAACCAUCAACUUGCGCACCGAUACCAUUCUCAUGGGAGAUGCUUCGAACCCUCCCGUCCUCGAAGCAGCUAGGGAUUUCAGCGGCAACACUCUUAUCAACGGCCAAGAUCCGGCGACAGGAGUGUCUGGCGAGAUCUCUUUUGCCGUCGGCCUGAAGAAUCUAGUUCUCGACACUACGGCCAUCAGCGGAGGCCACAACUUCACCGCCUUGUACUGGGGCGUCGCCCAAGUCGCCCAGCUUCAAAACAUCAUGAUCAGAAUGCCGUCUUCUCGCAACGGCCAAGGCCACACGGGUAUCGAGCUCGGACGAGGAUCAACUCUUGGUCUUGCCGACGUUCGCAUCGAAAAGGGACAGAACGGCAUCUGGCACAAUGGGCACCAGCAGGCCCUCUACAAGAGCAUCUAUUUUUACCAAAACACCGUCGGCAUGCUCAUCUCCGGAGGAAACACCAUCAGCCUCCUUGCCCCAACCUUUGACACAGUCGGAACCGCCGUGAAAAACACCGGGGGCAGCCCCUUUGUCGCCAUCAUUGAUGCCCGCUCCAUCAACUCGGGCGUCACGUUUGACUCUUCCGUCUACCCUUCCAUCGUCAUCGACAAUCUGACAAAGGACACCAACUCCGACAUUGUCCAGCUGCCCAGUGGUACGGCUCUCGGUGCUGCUAGCCACGUCAACAACUUCUCCUUUGGCAACACUGUUGGCCGCCAUCCCAUCUACGGCGCCACCCAAUCCUCAGCCACUCGACCAGCUGCUGCUGCUCCGGGCGGUCGCAUCCCGGUGUUUGCCGCUCCCAACUUUGCCGGGAACCCCAUCACCGACUUCAUCAACGUCAAAGAUCCCAUGCAGAAUGGUGGACACACGAUCAAGGGCGACGGUACUGUUGACGAGGCGGCUGCGCUGAACGACGUUCUCCAGUUUGCAGCCCAGCACAACAAAAUUGCGUAUUUCCCCUUUGGCGACUACCGCGUCGAAUCCACUCUAUUGAUCCCCAUCGGAUCGCGCAUCGUCGGCGAGGCCUGGUCCACCAUCUCCGGCGCGGGCCAGUUCUUCAAAGACUCUUCCAAUCCAAAGCCGGUGGUCCAGGUUGGUAAAGCAGGAGAUGUCGGUACCGCGCAGAUCCAGGACAUGCGCUUCACUGUUGCCCAGGUCCUCCCCGGAGCCAUCAUUGUGCAGUUUCAAGCUGCCGGCUCCAAACCCGGAGAUGUGGCGCUGUGGAACUCUCUCAUCACUGUCGGAGGAACACGCGGUGCCCCGGAUCUGACCGGCUCUUGCACGGAUGCCAGCAACGAGUGCAUGGGAGCUUUCCUCGGUCUUCACUUUGCCAAGGACUCGUCUGCUUACGUCGAGAACGUCUGGAACUGGGUGGCCGACCACAUCACCGAGGACUUUGACGGGGGUUCCAGCAUCGCAGGAAAGGGGGGUGCCCUCGUUGAAUCCACAAAGGGCACCUGGUUGCACGCUCUGGGCAGCGAACACUGGUGGCUCUACCAACUCAACCUCCGCUCGGCCAGCAACGUCGUCGUGACUCUGUUGCAGAGCGAGACCAACUAUGAGCAAGGCGACAAUGCGCGUCAGGUUGUACCCGCGCCAUGGAAAGCCGACGUCGAGGGCUGGGGAGACCCCGACUUUUCUUGGUGCAAUGGCGGUGACAAGCGCUGCCGGAUGGGUUUCGCCAACUACAUCCAAGGCGGCUCCGACAUUCUCUACUAUGGCUCUGCGUCGUGGGCAUUCUUUAGCGGACCGGGCUACCAAGCAUGUUCCGGGCCUUACCAAUGCCAGAGAUACAUGCACUACAUUUCCCAGACACCCAAGAAUCUGCAGGCAUAUGGCUUAUGUGCCAAGGAUACCAGCGUUGCGCUGCGUCUGGGCGACGGAACCGAGAUCCAGGCCCAGGAUGGCUUUAGCGGUGGUUGGAGUCCUGGUUCGGACGUUGGCCGGUACACAACCUGA